AUGCGAGCCAUCGUCCUGGCCGUGGGCGCCGCCGGAGCGGCCGGCAGCGUCGGAGCGGCCGACGCCAGCCCGCCCGGCUCGGCCAGCAAGCCCCUGCGCAUGUGGCAGACGACGCCCGGCGUCAACUUCAACGACUCGUUCCUGAUCGGCAACGGCCGCCUCGGCUUCUCGCUGCCGGGCGGCGCCCUGUCCGAGUCCAUCGUGCUCAACGAGGACUCGUUCUGGUCCGGCGGCGAGAUGGACCGCGUCAACCCCGACGCCGCCGCCCACAUGCCCGAGAUCCAGGCCCUGAUCGCCCGCGGCGAGAUCCGCGAGGCGUCGAGGCUCGCGUCCAUGUCCUACGUCGGCACGCCCGUGUCGGUUCGCCAUUUCGACUGGGUGGGGAAGCUGGGCAUCUCGAUGCGCGGCUCGGCGGGGCAGGUCCGGGACUACGAGAGGUGGUUGGAUGUCGGCGAGGGCGUCGCGGGCGUGUAUUAUACCGUCGGCGGUGUGGCCUACAAGAGGGAGUACACGGCUAGCUUCCCAGACGACGUUAUCGCGGUCCAGAUCUCGGCCAACAAGAGCGGCGCUGUAUCGUUUGACCUCCACCAGUCGAGAGGAAUUGGCCUGAACUUGUUCCAGGAUUCAGCUGGAGGGUCUGGUAAAGACACGAUUUUGAUGGGCGGAGGAAGUUUCGGUGCAAAGGCCAUCGUUUUUGCAGCUGGAGCCAAAGUCACCAUUGAUGGUGGCAGCAUGAAGCGGAUUGGUGACACCAUCGUUGUGGAUGGGGCGGACUCGGCGACCAUUUAUUGGUCCGCCUGGACCACCUAUCGAAAGUCUGCUGGAGAGCUGCAGUCCGCAGUCAUGGCAGACCUCAGCCAGGCGUCUAGGAAAGGGUACGGUGCUCUGCGAAGCGAUCAUGUCAAGGACUACCAAAGCCUCGCCGGCCGCGUCGAGCUUAGUCUGGGCAAGUCGACAUCGGAACAAAAGGCCAAAACUACAGCAGAUCGCCUGCGAGGCUUGAGGACAGCCUUCGAUCCCGAGAUUGCGACGCUCUAUUUUUACUUUGCUCGAUACCUCCUCAUCGCGAGCGGCAGACCGGGGACACUCCCUGCAAACCUUCAGGGGCUUUGGAACAACGACCUAAACCCGAUGUGGGGGUCAAAGUACACCAUCAACAUCAACUUGGAGAUGAACUACUGGCCAUCACUGCUCACAAACAUGCCAGAGCUCCACGAGUCCAUGUUUGAGCACAUAAUGAAGAUGCACGAAAAAGGCCGCGAUGUUGCCAAGCGCAUGUACAACGCCUCAGGCUCCGUAUGCCACCACAACACCGACAUUUGGGGCGACUGCGCGCCGCAGGACAACUACGCCGCAUCGACCUUUUGGCCCUCCGGUCUCGCCUGGAUGGCCACCCACAUAUACGAACACUACCAGUUCACGGGCGACGUAGACGUCCUCCGAAAGUACUACCCUGCCCUCCGCGACGCCGCAGUGUUCUUUCUCGACUUCAUGACCGAGCACGACGGCCACCUCGUCACCAACCCCAGCGUCUCGCCUGAGAUCUCGUACCGGCUGCCCAAUACCACCCAGUCCGUCGCCCUGACCCUCGGUCCCACCGCCGACAACUCCAUCAUCUGGGAGCUGGUCGGCAUGGUCCUCGAGUCGCAAAAGAUCCUCGGCGACAGCGAUCCAGACAACAUCGGCCAGCGCCUGACCGGCCUGCGCGCGCGCCUGCCACCCCUCCGCAAAGAUCAGUACGGCGGCAUCGCCGAGUUCCACGCCGACUUCACCGAGGACGAGCCGGGCCACCGGCACUUCUCGCAGCUCUUCGGCCUCUUCCCGGGGAGCCAGAUCACGGCGUCCAACGGCACCACCUUUGCGGCCGCGCGCGCGUCGCUGCGCCGCCGCCUGGCCUUCGGCGGCGGCGACACGGGCUGGUCGCGCGCGUGGGCCGUCGCGCUCGAGGCGCGCCUGCUCAACGCCACGGGCGUGGCCGCCAGCUACGCCCACCUGCUGACGCGCCUGACGUACCCCAACUCCAUGCUCGACGUCAACGAGCCCUCGGCCUUCCAGCUCGACGGCAACUACGGCGGCGUCACCAUCGUCGAGGCCCUGGUACAGAGCCACGAGCUCGUUGCGGCAGCGGCGGCGUCCGGGUCGAUGACGCCCGCGUAUGUGGGCGAGUCGGGCGGGGGCAAGGCUGCGCACCACCUGAUCCGCCUGCUGCCCGCGCUGCCGAGGCAGUGGGCUGUCAACGGGGGCGGGUUUGCCAAAGGAUUGUUGGUAAGGGGCGGGUUCGAGCUUGACGUCCACUGGGACGGCGACGCUAGGCUGUUGAACGCGACUAUCACUAGCCACAAGGGUAACACGGCGUGGGUAGUGCUGGGAGGUGCUCCUCUGGGAGACGAGAGCCCGGUGCCUGGUCCAUCCCAGGCUAUUAAGAUGAAGGGCAUCGGACAGGGCUCGUUCCUCAAGCUGCAAUCGGAGACUGGUGGGAAAUAUGUUGUGAUCCGGGCUUAGCAUGCAACGAGGCGGCCAGGCAGCUCUGAGCAAUCAAUAAUCCCCCCGCCCGCGUCCACCCUCGAAUCCCCCUCAUGUUUUCUACAAAAGUUCAAUGGUGGCCCAACAAAUCCUGACCCACAACGUCAACAUUUAACACUCGAACUCGCCGUAAUCGGCCCCUAUAACACAGCCUGUAUCAAAGAG